CCUGCUGGUGCGAGAAGUUCUGACAUUAUCGCGAUAAACUGACUGCUAUGCAGUUCAGUGGCAGGGGCCUGACGCUGGAAUGCGAAACUACAAGUUAUUUUCCCGAAACAAAAACAUAGAAAAACGUCACUUUCUUUUUUCAAGAAUAUCAAAGCUCUCUCCGGGGGUUAGCUAUGGUCCCAGGUGCAACGAAGACUUUUAACACAUGGGGAUGAGACGAGCUUGGUUAGUUUGGCACUUGCAGCUUUGGGCGCGUUGACGCUUCUUGUCGGCUCAGGAUGGCGCAGGGAGGCUCUCAGCUCGACUAUAACAUCCUGCAGGACCUCAAGCAGCGAUUCCCGGAAAUCCCCGAGGGGGUAGUGUCACAAUAUCUACUGCAGAACAACAAUAACCUGGAUGUAUGCUGCCACCUGCUGGCCCAGGAGAGCAUCAGAUACUUGUAUGGAGAGUUCCAUCCAAGCCCAGAGAUUCAUCAAAGUCCAGAGGAGGUGCGACUGCCUCGAAACAACAUGCUACACAUCAGCCUGGGCUACCCAGGUACAGAAGCAAACAAAUCAAACGGAGGAGGAGCGGGAGUGGGGCGCUCCUUAGUGCACAGCACCAGUGACAGUCACAUAGAACCCCAGAGGCCCAGCUACCCUGAACCACUAUCGGCUCCUGCCACAAUGGCCCCUUCUCCUGGGUACAAUCCAUUUUUUAUGAAUGAUCAAAAUCGCUCGGCUAACACCUCCACCCCUCCACCCACAAUUCAAGGCAUGUCCCCUCCAUACACCCCUGUUCGAUUUACUAUGAACCCUAUAACUGUGACUAUUUCGCAAACUAUACCUAAUGUCCCUCACGCUCUGCAAAUUCCUCAAGGGCAUUAUGCUAAUGCUAACACCCCCAUGUACAUUCGACCCUCACCUUCUCAGAGCCCACAGCCAGCACCCUGGUCCUCCUCAGGGGUACCUGUUUAUCAGCACCAACAGUCUCCUUAUAAUACUCCCUUGUAUGGCUCACCUUACAGCUCCCCUCAGCAUCAGGUCCAGCCUCAGCAACCCCAGCCUCAACCCGGGCACCAGCAAUACGUCUUAACUUCUGUUGGGUCUCCAACCCUUCCUGGCAUGCCCUACCUUCACCAGCAACAGCCUAUUUACCGGCCCUACCACACAAAAAACCCCCGCAGCAACUCACCUGUGCACACCCCACACCCCCAGGGUACACUCUACAUGGCCACUAGCCCUUCACCCAGCUCCCCUUCACGGGGCAUCGCAAUCAGCGGACCCCCAGGCUCUUCACCGUUCCACCCUGGGAUUUACCUGCAGCACCAGAGUACAAGGCCUCGGCCUGCCUCAUCCCCUCAGCAAGGCUCUACCUUCAAAAUGAAAGUGUCUCCUGGAGGUCAGCCUCAGAGGCCACAGAGCUCACCUCCUGUGGCUGAAGCAGAGUCUCUUCUCAACAUAGUAGACCAAAAAGAGCACAGUGCUGCUCCUGCACCCAUCCUCCCCAUCUCCGUUCUGCCAGGGAGCAUCGCCAUUCACUUUCAACAGUUCCCUCGACGUUCAAGCUCAGGCUCUGAUGACUAUGCCUACACACAAGCUCUUUUGCUCCACCAGCGGGCGAGGAUGGAGCGUUUGCUGAAGGAAUUGAUGCUGGAGAAGCAGAAACUAGAGCAGGUGAAGGCUGAUGUCAAUAACAUGGAGUACGACGCCCUUCAGAGGCGCUUUAGACGAGUCAACGCCACAAAUCUCAUUCCUAAACCUGAAGAGAUGACUCGACUUCGGAGUCUGAACAGACAACUGCAGAUUGAUAUCGACUGCACCCUGAAGGAGAUGGAUCUACUGCAAUCUAGAGGAUUGAGGCAAAGCCCCGCCCCCUCUGUGAUGCUUGUAAGACAGGAGAGGUACUAAAAGUAAAAAAAAUCCUAUUAUUAUGUAAAUGGUAAAUAUUUGUUCAAAUAUUGAUAAGGAAUUAGCAUAAUUGUGACUUAUUUUGGCACAAUUAUAUAUUUUUGGGCAUCUUUUUGAUCUGUACAUAAUUGUACAAAGACGAACGAACAAUUUCUGUCAUAUUCCAGCAAAUAACCGUUUAAAAAUGUGUUGCUUGCUGUAUUUAUUCAUAUUUUUUUAAAUAAAUCUACAGUCCUGAUUGCCAUUCUAAAUAAUAAAAAAAAAACAUUCAUCAUACAUGUUCGUGGGUUUCACAGUAAAAAAAUUUAACUUUUUUUCAACUCUGAUUUUUUGUUUUUGAGUGAAUUAAGGUCCAAUAUGCAAUCCUUUUAUGUCCAAAUAUAAAAAAGAAGCAUAAAUUCAUACAGUCCAGGUUGUGCUGAAAAGAUUUAUACCACUUAAGGCUGUAGUUAUUAUUAUUAUUAUUAUUUUGAAACUCAAAGGCAAAAUCAAAAUUAGUCAAAAUUACAAAUUACACUGUAGACCUCUAUAGUAAUGUAACAAACCACCUAGCAUUAGCGUGCUUCAUCAUGUCAGACUUUAAACAAUAUGACUGUUUCCCCUCUAAAAAUACCUUAUUUUUGUUUAAAUGGAACAUUUUUAGUUUAUCCCCUUCUGCGCCUCUCUGGGCUCUAUAGGUGUUUUUCAUGUGGGUCGAUAUUGAUAUUCAACGUUAAUAUCUGUUUUAAAACUGAUAUUUACAGAUAUGGCAUUAAUAUAAGAAUGAAUGUAAGAAAAUAUCAAUACACUGAAAUAUUGUGAUAUUUUGUUUAAUGAUACUUGAGAGAAUACUGGAGAAUUUACACGUAAACAUUUGCUACAUUUCUUUUAUGUGGUUCCGUCAUCGACAUAUACAUAUUCCGUUCAACACCCCCCCCCCCCCCCC